AUGACAACAUAUGACCCUUACCGCUUAAAUGUCAAACAAGAUAUUGAGAUCUGGGAGUUGUUGCACACCAAGCCACAUAUCGGUGGUAGCCAUGCUCGCCCAUUUCUGAAUCUACACAAAAACGAAGAAGUAUUGCAAUACCGCAACGCGAUUCCCAUGCCCGACGUCCUAUCUGCUUAUGAGGCCGAACUAUCGAAUCUCGGCUACGAAGACGGACCGAUUUCCGAAGGAUACGAGAGUCUGAUGGACGCGCACGUUGCAAAAGACUAUGAACACCGCGAGAGAUGGGUCACUUUGGUCAGACCCAAAGCAUCCAUACUGCGCAUGCGACAUGUGUAA